UUUGUUGUUGUUGUUGUUUAAGUUGUUUCUCCUACUCUUACCUACGCCUACCGUGUCCUCGGAUCUACUUUGCGCUAUCUGGAGCGUAGCAAGCCAGAGAAGAAGGAGAAGGAGCGAGAACGGCGAAUAGAAAGGUGCGGGUUCGUAGUGGUAGGCCCGGUAGAGAACUCGUUGGUAAGACUACCUGUCGGACUUUUCGCCGCAAACACAGGGCAAGUCUGUGUCAAAUCAUUGUCGCGCAGACGGGAAAUCGGUUGCCGCGAUGUAUUAUCACGAAAAUUUGAGUUGCCCCUUAAAUAUCACCAACAACUAUAACGUAUCCAUGCCAUGUAUCACGAUCGUUGAACGUAGAAUGUAAACGAGAGAAAAAGAUCGCGAGCAAGAUCCGUGCGUGAGUACGGACAGUAUAUAAUUACUAGCCGUUCUUCCUACCCCUUGACGUCGGCCGGCCGAGGAAGCACAGAAAGCGGUUACUAGGUUGAACAGAAACCUCUUGAUUUCUGUUGAAACACAACCGUUCCGUAUACCAGUCCAGCCAUGAAAGAAUGGAGAGCAACCGAAGCGAUGCCACGAAAUCCUACGAUUCUACGCGCGUUCAAUUCUACAGUAACUGUGCUACUCGUCUCAUCUCGUCUCCAAAUAUUGGAUACGUCGAUGAGGUUGUCGAAAAAUGAUAACUCUAAACCGCGCGGCAGUGGAAGUGCGAAAAGAGCGAGAAAGUCGGUCGAGAAAGAUAAGACACAGCAUUGGGAACUAUGUUCUUUGUUUGCGACAAUUACCGAUAAUUGUUCAACUAUCCUCGUAUCGUGGAUGCGAAUACAUACAUUCGCCGGCACGACAUUGAACGAACAUUCGUCGAUGGAAUCGAAGAAACAAAAGAGAAAGAAAGUUUUAGCCGAAUAUUACCGUAAUCACCGUUAGAAAUUCCGUAAUAAUGUUCCUUCUUUAAUUUGACUGACAACGGUACGCUGCGCCGCGCCGCGCCGCGCCGCGCCGCACCGUCGACCAUUUUCGUAAUUAUUUCGCAAUUAUCGCUCGCAAAUGUAGGCGAGAUUAAACUUAAUCACAGACCGCGAGACUCCUUACAGCGAAGAAGAAAGAUCCUUCUAGCGGACGGCCGCGGCACGUGCAACCUAUUAUAUCGGCACUGCGCGACGCAACACAACGCGACGCCGAUGCCGACGCCGACGCGCUCACUUAGGAGUGACAACUAACAAACGCAGUCGACCAUUGUUACAAAAGACAAUGACCAAAUGACGCGUGUAAUCGUUUCUGUGUCUAUGUUCGAAUCGCAGCUGCAACAACCUGUUCGCGCGUCUCGUCGAGAUAAGGGGAGGGCAGCUGCGCUUGGUUCGCGGUCCUCUCCACGAGCGCUACCAACCAAUCAACGAAUACGCGUACACGCUGAUUCCAGAAUCGGAAGGUAUUCGUAACGACCUCCGUAUCUCUCAUUCGCAGGGAUAUUAUCCGUCUACCGUGUAUGGGAGUUUGGGAAAAAUUUCAAUCGAGCCGUGAGUUUCAAUGGAAUUUUAAUUCGCGAGCCGCCGCGCCGCCGGCGUCGGCGUCGUCAUUGCCGUCGCGUAUUAUCGGCCUGAAUUAAAAUUCCUCGCUCACGGAUCCACGUAUUCUGACUCGGCUCUUCCGUAAAAGUUUUUAUGUGGUCGAACAAAGUUAGCCGGGGAAAACAAAGUUUUCCGCGGAUCAUCAACUUGUUCGAGCUCUCUUUCUUGUUUACGCGAGACCGUGAACGAGAAGAAAAGCCACUUUGCUUUCGAGCGGGAACUCGCAAGCUCGAUGCAUCUUGUACUAGGUCUUCCUAUCGCACCGCAAACACCUAUACCCUCGUCUCCAACUUGGACUCUACUCGCAAUGCAAACUGUAACUGCCAUCUCUCCCCGUUUAACCGUAUCGUUUUUCCUUUUUAUUCUCUUUCCUUUUUGCUUUGUUUCAUUAAUGGAACGCGAACGGGACGCCAUCGGAGCCUAAUUACUCGAUGAUUCGAUCGCAAGAUAAUCGACGAAACGAUAGAAAAUAUUUGCAACGACGAAGCGAGCUUCUCGAAAAAGAGAAUGGCCUGUUCCUUGGCUCAAGGUUCAAUUUUCGGAAACCUCUGUCACUUUUAUUUUCGGCUCGUCUCGAUCAACCAUCUCCCACAGGCCGAAUCACAGGUGCGAUCACGCGACGUAAACUGCGACAACCGUGAUUUCUUUGCUUCCAUCCUGACCUUACCGCGUUCCUAUUUGUCGCACGGCGUGUUACCGGAUCACUAAAAAACGUAAUCUGACGUGAGAAGAAUCGAGAAGACAGAGAAUGUGGAUAAAAUCGUGUUUGUUUGUAUCGAGUUGCAUUUUCUCCUCGCUCUCAGGGACGCCAUUUUCGAGUUGUCUGCAGAUGCCUAAACAAAAAUUGGAAACAUAGAUAUCGUUUACGUCGUUGGUCGUUCUUCCGUAUAUCUUGAACACGUCGAGUCGAAAUUGUUGCACAAUCGAAAGCACGGAAAAGUAGCAAAGAGCAGAUGAUCAGGUGAAUUCACCAAGGUGGGAAAAUGUUGAGUGGUAAACAGAAGAGAGGAACGCGACUCGAAAUGAAGCAAACAGAAUAAGAGGGAGAGGGAGAGGGGUAAAGAGAAAGACAGACCGAGGUAUAGCAAGGCGAGCCGGUGACCGUAGUGGGAUCGACAAAGCUACAUGGAGCCACGACGGCCACUUUCGACGGCAGUAACCACGAAGACGCCAUGACGACACCAUCACCCACAUUGUUCUCGACUCGGCUGUCCGCUGUCGGUCUAGUCGCAGCGGUUUUUCUUCUACUGGCAACACAGGUAUGCAGCGAAGCUUAUUAUGGGAAGCUUAUUGGCAAGCUGUCGGAACUCCAUCACGGCGUCAGCGGUGAAGUUUACGCCGUGGACGGACGAACUCUGUUCAUCAAGAACUUCGCGUACGACGGCGAAGCGCCAACUGCUUACUUUUACGUGGGAACUUCGAAAAGUCCCAAUGGAAAUGGCAUCAGGCUUCGAGACGAGAAUGGAUCAACGGACACGCUGAAGAGAUAUCGAAGGAAAGACAUCACGCUCACGCUACCCGACGGCAAGACUCUGAACAACAUAAAGUGGUUCUCUGUGUGGUGCGACGAAUACGCUGUAAACUUUGGAGAUGUCAGAAUACCAAGAGGAUUCGACUACCCGAAACCGCAAAAACUGGCGGCUCUAAGCGGUGUGCACAGUGUCAGUUCGGAACCAAUCGUGGUCGUCGACGCUCAGACUCUUUUGAUACCUAGCUUCAGCUACGAUGGCGAAGCACCAGACGCGAAAUUCUGGGCGGGAGCUGGCCCGUCGCCGUCACCGCAAGGAAUUCGCAUUCCCGACGAGAAUGGAAAGGUAGUACCGCUGCGUCAGUACAAUCGCAAAACCAUCGUGCUCACGUUACCCGGAGACCUGACGAUCCACCAGAUCGGCCACUUUGGCGUUUGGUGCGAGGCCUUCACCGUGGACUUUGGCCACGUACAAAUUCCAACGAGUCUUAACGUGCCACCCUCCCUGAAGAUGCUCGGAGUCUCGCCGCAGUCGAAACUGAACUGUGAAGUUCUCGAGAACAGACAGGCUUUUGAGGUACGAUGGGCCGUUGCCGGAGACAGCAUAGUCGGUCAGCUCGUUGGAAAACUUGACGAGGGACAAUACAUGUGUUUCGGAGUAUCUGCAAACACCGAAAGAAGCACGAUGGUUAACGGAGACGUUGUAGUCGCCUGGGUCGACAAGCAAACUCUUCAGGGUUACGCGGUCGAUUAUUUCUUGGACGCCAAGUCUCAAUGCUCCGGUGGACGUGGCAGUUGCCCCGAUACACGCAUACGGGAGAACUCGAAUUCUAUUCGAUUGUUAAACGCGGCGCUGGUGGACGGAUACAGCAUUGUCACGUAUCAGAGACCAUUGAAGGCGAGCGACGAGUUGGACCAUCAAAUCCUGACAAACGGCUCGCAGGCGAUCAUCUGGGCCAUCGGUCCUCUGAACGAGAGACAAGAGGUCAGCUUCCACUCGGACUAUUUGAAAACCGACCGCUUCAUCGACUUUGGUAGACCACCGGUUUGGAAUUGUCCUGUUCCAGAUCAAGAGCAAUCUCAGCUAUUCGUGACCAACAACGAGAAGGUGACCGGCACCCAGGAAUGGGUUACGACUACGAAAAGACCUAAACGUCAACAAGUGACGCCUGCGCCAGCGUUAAAAACCGAUGCCUGGGUAAUUCCACCGAUCCAGUGCAACGAUACCGACGACGGAAAAUUUUACGCUCAGAUGGGACCAACCGGAGGAAAGCACGGAUAUCCUGCUAUCACCGGUCACGUCGGUUGGGGUAUCUCCUGGUACAUAAACGGGCUUCUAAUUCCGGAGAUUUACGUGGUCCGCGGCACUAGGUACACUUUCUUCGUGGAGGGUGGCGAAGAUGUCGACAAACCUGCUCUCUAUCAUCCCUUUUACAUAACCGACGAUCCCGUCGGUGGUUAUCAACACAAAACGCCCGAAGAGAAAGCUAAAGUGAAGAUUUUUGCGGGAGCCGAACGACACGGAGGUGAAUAUCGACCGACGGCCGUUGGACGUAUGUGCAACUGGCUUCCCGAUCAGGAUCAACCCCGUUCCGACGAGUUUGCGACGUUCGGUGCUUAUCAACGCACUCUAACGCUCAAGUGCGAUCCUGGUGAACCAGGUCUCCUGGUGUGGACCCCGGACGAAAACACGCCCGACACCGUCUACUACCAGUGCUUCACGCAUCGCUACCUGGGUUGGAAGAUCCACGUUCUCGACAGCUGCGACGCCGAGGAAACCGGUGCCAGCGAGACUCGCGAGGUGUACGUCGAUCCGCAACAGCAACGACCGAGCGCCGAAGAUCUCGAGAAUAGCUCCAGCAUCCGCGUCUCGAGCAAGGUAACGCCAACGGCGGAGUUUCUUCGGCAACAACUUCAUCAUCCUCAUCGUGAAUACGAGCUUCGUUAUCCCUAUCAUUCGACGACUAACCCCGAUAACGGCAAUCUAAAUCUAAACGCAUCAUACACGCAGCUACUAACGACCGCUAAUAAUAACAACGAUUACAUGCGCUUGCAAUCAUCGUCGUCGUACGAGGACCCGUUCGAUUCGAAGCCUCCGUACAACAACCUCGGCCAUGGAAUCGCGGCGCCGCAUCGUCACGAGGUACGCGUGAAGGAAAUCCAUCACGCGCACCUCGACGAGGAUCUCGUGCAACAUCAUCGCAACCACCACCACCACCACUACCAUCAUCAUCGUCCACAGAUCGCGCCGAUCUAUCGCGAACAAUCGAUGAUGGGAGGCACCAGGUUCGCCUCCCCCUCCUCGUAUUCUCUUGGCAGACAGCAAAUGACGGAAAUCGAGCAGGAACUCCUUCAGCAGCCCUCUAACCAGCAAUUGUCUAACCUCGUUGCAGAUAACCCACGGCCACUGAACCACGGGAUCAAAUACGCUUAUUCGGGUGUCACCGGGCCGCAGAUCCUAUAUUCGAAGCCGUCGUCUCAACCUCAUCGUUACGCAACCAAUAAUCACCAUCUUUAUCCGGUCCCUCAUCGUUAUCAUCACCACCAUCAGCCAGAGCAGAGGACUCAACUAAUGUUCGUCAAGAGGCCGGUGCUGACGCGUCGUCCGAUGUUGCAGAGUCCUCACGCGAUGCCACAGUCAACCCUCCCCUUGCAGUCAAUUUCGAGACCGGUCUUCCUGGAACGAAAGAAGACCGUUUACAGGCCAGCCGUUUCUACUUACAGGAGAACGCUUGAGAAACCCUCCCCCGCCGGCGAUAUUCCGAUCGCGAAACUUAACAAGAUCAUCGAUUCCAACCAAAGAAGCAAGUUGGAAGCCAAAGUGUCCGAUUCCGAUGCGCUGGAUCUUUCCAACGUGUUCGUAACUACCAACCUGUUAAAACCUGCUAGAAAUACGGGAUUCAACCCCGACUCGAUAGUGAUCGAGGGUGGCUUCAAACCUAUCAUCAGAAACGUCGAGGGAUCCGCAGAUGUGGCUCAAAAAAGAAUCUCGGAGAGAACCGAACGAAACGACGCGCUUUCCCGAGAAACUGGGGAUCACGGGCCAGUCGACAAUUUCGAGCCGGUCUUUAUACCUUCGCCACCUGUCCCGACGAUCGACACCAACAACAAGCCCAAAAAGAAAACUGUCAACGCGAAACUGCGUUCAAGCGAACACGAUAUGGAUAUGGAUGUGGACGUGGAUGUGGAUGUGGAUGUGAAUACGGAUAUGGAUAUGGACAUGGAAAUGGCAGCCGACAGUUCAAACGCGUAUUACCUGCCUCCGAUAUCCAGCACGAUUCCCGACGAGUCACCGUCUUCAUUCUCCUCCUCGUCCUCGUCCUCGUCCGAGGUACUGAUCACCUUUGACGGAAAGAGACUGAAAGACUCCAGUUUGGUCAGAUCGAUUUCCGGGAUCGACGGGCAUUCCAACGGUAAAUUAUCCUCCGAAAUCCUCAGCAGAACCCCUCAAUUUGGAAGAUUUAAGGGAGAUCUACCACCACCGAUUCCUGGAGAGAUCCGCUCGGAUAACUCUCACCUCGAGAAACGUCGCGGUCGUCUGCCUUCGACGUCAACGGGUCUAUCGGUACCCGAGACACGAACGAUACAAAACACGAGGCUGACGCUCGUCGAAAGAUCGAGAAGCUCUCCGUUCUCGGAUAAAUAACACUAAAGU